AUGGAAGGAAGCAACAUGAAAAGGUUUAUCCUCACCAUCCCCUGCCUGCUUUGCACUUCCCAGCUGCUGUAUGUCUGCGGAUGGAUAUCGAAAGACUGUAGAGCAUAUAAUUCUGCUUCCAGCGUAACUGUGGAUCAGCUAUCAGGAGGUUUCUCAAGAAAUUUCACUGAAGUAAUUUGUGAAAAUGCAGACACUUAUCAACAUGAACUAAGAGAAAUUGCUACUAUUUUAGAUGGCCUGAGAGCUAAAGUAAAGGUUGUUAGACCAAAAGCCUUUUCUCAAUUUUAUAACCUAAAACUGUUGGAGCUCGAUAUAGCUAAAGGAGCUGUCAUUUACUCUUGGGCAUUUUAUGGACUGCAGAACAUGGAAAAACUUCUGUUAUGGUUUGAAAACUUAGAUGAAUUAUUUAUUGAGGAAAAUGCAUUUGAAGGGCUUGAUAACCUAAACGAAUUAUACAUUGAGGGUAUUACUAACCAAAGUAAAGGCAUGUUUGUGAACACUUGCAUAAAGAGUAAGUGUGAAACCAUUUGUAGUAUGUGGAAAUUACCAAGGGAUGGCAUUUUUAUUGGGGAAUUUAAGCAGCUGGACAGUAUUAGAAGGAAUUGCACAGUUGCUCAAGUCAGGACAAUAAAGUCCCCACUUGGAGGUAAUCAGCUGUAUGUAAGGGAUCUCAUAUUAUCAUGGAAUUUCUUACCCAGCAUUGACAUCACAUAUUUAUACAACUCCACACAUCUUCACUUGCUUUCUGUUGAUCUGUCACUUUUCAGAUUAAGUGAAUUGCUGGAGUCUGAUAUAAAAACAAUUGACAGUUUUAACGUGCGUGGAGGACCACAGCAUUAUGGCAUCAUAAAAAUUGUUUGUCAGGUUGUUAGCAAUUUUAGUGUCAAGCAUCUGACUGUAGAUUUCACAAAGAUAUACAGUUUUUCAAAUGAAAUGUUUGAAAAUUGUGGACAGCUGGAAAGUUUGGAUGUUAGUCGUAAUGCAGUCAACAAGACUGAGUUGGGAUUUCUGUAUACAAUGAGAAAGCUGAAACGACUGCUUAUGGUACAAAACUGUUUAAAAAUUAUUAAUAUCUGUCCUGUAGACAAAACAUUUAUUGCUCAAAUAACUUACUUGGACCUUUCGCACAAUUAUAUAAAGGGACUUAAAUCAGGGCAGUUGUCCUGUAUGAUUUAUUUGCAUUACCUUAGUCUGGCAGACAACAAUCUACAAGCCAUAGCAAAAUUAGCUUUCCAUGGACUAGAACAACUGAUUGAACUGAAUCUGGCAAGCAACAGAAUUCAAAUAAUCAGUGAAAGCUGCUUUGAGCAUUUAAAUGCUUUAUCUUCUCUCAGUCUACACAACAAUAAUAUCAAAGCGAUAAGUGCUGGGGCCUUGAAAGAUUUACCUUUGCAGGACCUUUUUCUUGGUGCUCUAGAAAAUGAAUUCUCCCUCAGCCUUUCAGACUUUCCUCCUGGGAUCAGCACUUUUUCAAUACAGGGGAAGGAUUUUGCAGAUAUUGUGGUGAAGAAUGUUACUCACAUGACUUCCUUAAAGACUUUAUAUCUUUAUGGAAGUGGCUCUAAUUUUUGGUUUGAAGACUGCAAGAGUGCACCAGUGACCACCCUGAAAGAGCUCCAUGCUAAGAGAGCAACUCCCAUCUGCCCUGGAAAGCGAUUAACAUCAUUUGUCAGUCUUGAACAACUUUAUUUUCAGAGUCAUUAUCAUUUUACCUAUGAAUUGCAUACUGCUAACCUACACAAACUGAAAGUGCUGUAUUUAGAGGAUAUAUUUACAAUGAUAGGUAAGUCUCCUAAACAGUCUGAAUUUCUUUUCAGGAAUCUAACACAAUUGACAUGUUUAAUACUGAUAAAUUCUGGUAUAUCUUAUUUUACGUCUUCAAUGUUUUGUGACCUGGUAUCCCUUGAACUACUGACAAUUCGUCGUCAGAAUAUUUUUAUUCUAGCUUAUGAGUUGUUUCAAAAUUCCAUCAAUUUAAACUACAUUUUUCUGCAUGAUGCUGAUUUGGAAUGCGACUGCAAGAAUGUGUGGAUAAUAUCAUGGGCUGCUACAAGUAAGAAAAUGUUGCUAAACUUUGCUAAUAUAAAAUGCUUACGAUUAUAUGAACAAAGUUCCUUUGUUAAGUUUCUGGAAGAUACAUGUGAAUAUCCUGCUGAAUUUAUGUUUUUUAUAACUACAGCUGGAUUUCUGUUACUGUUUUUGUUGAUUACCCUUGUAUACAAAGAGGCUGGGUGGUAUUUGGUUUAUUUAACUUAUGUCAUCAGAGCUCACUUGGCAAAAAUAUCAGGUGAAAGGUCAUACAAAAUGCGCUACAUGUAUGAUGUUUUUGUUUCCUACAGCAGUAAAGACGAAUGUUGGGUUACCAGUGAGCUCCUUCCAAAUCUGGAGCAAAAGGAGCCAUCUUUCCUCAAAGUGUGCCUCCAUGGUAGGGACUUUGAGGUGGGGAAGGACAUUAUAGAUAAUAUUGUGGACAGUAUAUACAGUAGCAGGAAAACAAUCUGUGUGAUCACCCGUCAUUAUCUACGGAGCGAAUGGUGCUCUCUGGAAAUGCGAAUGGCCACUUAUAGACUGUUGGCAGAAAGCCAAGACAGUCUCAUUCUGGUGUUUUUGGAGAGAAUAUUCCCUCAUGAAAUUUCAGCCUAUCACAGGCUAUCAAAGGUGAUCAAGAAGAAGACCCACAUUGACUGGCCAGACAGGGAGAAUGAAAAACAACUAUUCUGGGAAAGGCUGAAGAGGACCAUUCUGAACACAAAAGAUGACAAUCAGGAAAUUCAUAUUUAAUAUAGUUGAAAAAUCUGUAACAUGCUUAUCUCUAAGUGAUUGUCUGCUUGCUUGUUUUGUUUGUUACUUCUUUAUAAAUAUUGUACUUCUAGAAUGUUACUUGUCUAUUUCUGGGGCAGUACCUAUUUUUUUCACCAGGGUAAUAGGGAGUUUAAUAUUUUUACCAAUAGCUGGUAUUCUGCUCCAAUCCAC